GGGGCGGGGCGGGGCUUGAGGCGACCUUCAGCCUUUUUCCCGUCCCGUCCCGCGGGCGCGAGCGUGGUUGUUUUGCCCUACUUCAGUCUCAUGUGUGCCGGUGGGGGCAGCGCCAGCGGAAAAAGCCCAGAACUUCUGCUGGAAGAAUCUGUUUUCCUUUGUGAGAGGUACAUGUCCCAGACCUAAUUUUUUGUCCCACUGUCAAGAGCAUAGAAGUGGCUCCCCAUUCAUUUCAAUGUCAGUUCACUGCUAAUGGGUUUGAGUAAACUAGAUGUUUUAUACAGACGCCUUCUCCUCACAAAACUUUUUAUCCAAGGAUGGGGAAAGCCAGAGGACCUGAAAAGAAUAUUUGAAUUCAGAAAGAUUAUUGGAAACCGGGAAAAAUGUCAGAAGUUGGUUUCAAGAGAUUAUCCAGUGUUCAUUGACAAGGUUGAAGAGCAAUCAGACUGUAAGAUCCUUAAUGGACACUUCAUUUCCCCUUUGGCUCAUUAUAUUCCAGGCAUCUUGCCGACAGAAUCCAUCAUAGCAAGGUUUCAGUUCAUAAUGCCCAAGAAAUGGAAUGGCAAUUACAGACCUGUGUGCAUCCAUUUAGCAGGCACUGGAGAUCAUUACUACUGGAGAAGACGCACACUAAUGGCCCGUCCAAUGAUCAAAGAGGCCUGUAUAGCUUCUCUAUUGUUAGAAAAUCCUUAUUAUGGCUACAGAAAACCCAAGGACCAAUUAAGGUCAUGUUUAAAAAACGUUUCGGACCUAUUUGUGAUGGGAGGAGCUCUUGUUCUUGAAUCAGCAGCUCUUUUGCACUGGCUGGAGAGAGAAGGCUAUGGACCUCUAGGGAUGACUGGAAUAUCUAUGGGAGGACAUAUGGCUUCAUUAGCAGUGACAAACUGGCCUAAACCAUUACCACUGAUACCUUGUCUUUCCUGGUCUACCGCUUCUGGAGUCUUUACUACGGGUGUGUUGAGUAAGGCAGUGAACUGGAGAGAGCUAGACAAACAGUAUUAUACUCAAACUGUUUAUGAAGAAGAAAUCAUUCAAAUGCUUGAAUACUGUGGAACAGAUUCUUUCAAGAUGGGGCAAGACUUCGUUAAAAAUGCCCCCAACAGCGUUGACAGUCUGAACCAUCUAGAUGUAUCUUCCCAACUGUUCGACCUGAAUGCUACAAGCGAAAGUGUGCCUAAAGAAGCUAUUCAUUGCCUUAGCACAAGUAAAAGUACUGUAAGUGCCUCCUCGGAGAGACUCUUGAUGCAAGACGCUCCUAAAAUACAGUGUAUAAAUCAAACAUUUUCAACUAGCAGCCGUAGCAGCAAUUACUUCCCCAACCAACAAGAGCAUCAGUUGUAUGGAAAAAGAAAUAGAGAUGCUUUACAAAGAGAAUCAUUAAGGUUCAUGAAAGGAGUUAUGGAUGAAUGCACCCAUGUAGCUAAUUUCUCAGUUCCAGUGGAUCCAAGCUUAAUCAUAGUUGUUCAAGCCAAGGAGGAUGCAUAUGUCCCACGAACUGGAGUGCGUAGCCUUCAAGAAAUCUGGCCAGGAUGUGAAAUCAGAUAUCUGGAUGGAGGUCAUAUCAGUGCCUACCUCUUCAAACAAGGACUUUUUAGAGCUUUACUUAAGGAUACUCACAGAGGCAGGCAAUAGGACAGAGCAGAGAGGAUGAUCACUUCACAUCAGUUCUAGGCAGCAGCUGCUAUUCCACAUAGUUUCUCUGGCCCUGAAGUGACUCAAUCUCGGGGAUGCGAUAGCCUGCGCUGGGCUCUGCGCAAGUCAGGAUUCUCGCCAGAGUUGAGGAACUACUCGUAACUUAAGAAUGUAUAGCUUAUAUAGUCUGGAGUGAAUAAUGUUAUCUUGAACUAGGGAUUUGGUUAUCUCAAGCUAAGAAUUUGGGGAUGAAUCGUGAUCUAACACACCUGGUGUUUACCACAUUCCGCUGUAUUACAACGUUCUACUAUCUAGGUUCAUGGUUCGGUCACUCUCACAGAGCAAGAAGCUAUGUGCUAUAAUACUGGCCUACUAUGGAGUCAGUAAAAGCUUUGCUUAAUGCUCAUAGCAAGAGUUUUGUAUGCUAUUACAAUGUUAUAUGAUUGACUUGCACUUAUUUAAUACCCGACUAUGCAGAUCUCCAAGAGUGCCAUUUGUGAAUGACCUUACAACUGUGAUCAGAUCUUUCCAUGUAGUUUUGCAAUCACUCACUUAUGUCACACAAACAAUUGAAUGAUAAGCUAAUGAAGGCUCUGUCACUACUGACUUGGAUUGGAGCCAGUAUCAUGGAAAUAUUCAGAACUUCUUUGAAAGAGCCAUUAUGUGACUACUGAAUCCUCCCCUGAGACAUGUUCAGAAUAACUGAGACUGAUCCUGUGACUUGUUUCAGUUGUUUUUGCAUUGGUGCAAAGCAGACAUAAGCCUACCAUGUGCUACUUUCCUGUGUUGGAACUCCUAUACAGGAGACCCCUUGAAUGGCAUAGAAGUUACUGUGUACUUUAUAGGUUAACUAAAUAAGAUAUACAAGCAUAAGCUUUCAUGAACUUGAAUUCCAUUUCAUUCAGCUGAGUGUAGUACCAUUCAUUAGCAAAGAGAAGUAAUAACCCAUGUUAGUCUGAAGUCAGGCAGAAGGCAGGGUAGAUAUGCACUUUAUAGACUAAAUAAACAAGAUUACAUAGAAACAAGUUCUGAGUUCACAAGUUCUUCUGCUUAUAUGUAUAAAAUAUAUACAGUAUAACCUUAUGAAUCUGGCAUGCUUGGGACCUGCCAGAAACACUAAAAUUACGGAUUUUUGAAAUUGCGGGGGGGAAAAUAGCGAUGGCUGGUCCUGGAGGGUGCCACCAUCCAGCUGGAUCCAGCUGCCACCAUCGUGGGGAUGAGCACCAGCUGUAGACAUAUUCCCUUUUGCCAUUGUGGGGAAAAGCAGCGUUUUUGCCUGGGUCCCAGCACCUACAGUCUGCCCUCCCACCCCCUGCCUCUGACCCAAACUGGAUCAGUCUGGCCCACACCCUGAAAAGGUUGUCAACUGCUGGGUUUAGUCUAUAAAGUGCAUAUUUACUGUGACUUCAGACUAACACAGCUAACCUGUCUCUCUCCUCUUAAAUGUUACUAUACCAUGCCUCCUAACUACAGGUGUGAGGCUGAGUUUCCUAUGCCAGUUUCAUUCCCAGGCUUCUGUAGCUAAUUGGCAGCUGGAGCAAGUUAGAGAAGGUGGUACUGGAUUGGGGUUGUCAGUGGAUCAGGGAAGUUGUUAAGGUGUUGAACCUUCUUUUAGGGUCCUGUUUGAGAUUUGCUGAUGGCAGGUAUUUAGCAAUAUUUGCAGAUUCAUUAAGACUUGGACAGUGCCAUGACACGAGCGUUUAUGCUAUGGCUUUUAUGGCAGUUAGAAGUCUCAUCUGCCCCAAGAACUCCUCAGGCCAUACUUUUAUAAAGUAAAGAAUUACAAUUAGCAGCUUAUCUCUUCCUUCGCAAGUUAUACUAAAUAGCCUAUGAUUAUUCUCUCCAUUCUCUAUUUUAGGCAAGCCAUAUAUGAUGCAUUUGAACGCUUUCUUCAGAAAUAUGCUUUGUAGUAAUCUUCAUGAAUAUACUCAAUCUGGUAUGGUGUGAGCUUUCCCAAUCUGGAAUUUCAAAUUAGACUCCUUUGUAAAGCAAGCAAAUUCCAUCAACAUUAAAUGAAUGGACACCGAUUUUGAAUGUUUUCUACCAGUUACCAAUGGUAAAACAUAAAAAAUAGUAGUUUCAGUUCAACCAAAUGCCAGUCUAAGAUGUAUUUGCUUUAAUUUUAAUGGUGAAAGUUUUGGCAACAUUUGUUAAUGAAUGAAAGAUCCUUCCAUGUUUAAUCUGUUUUUAUCACAUAUAUGAAAUGACUUGAUUUUUUUUUUUUGAAUGGCUUGCAUAUCUGUUGAAAAGAGACCAAUGUAAUGUGAAUGACAUUUUAAAAGUUUUCUUUUAGGACUGUAACACUUUUCUCUGUUUAGUCUUUGCUGUAUUCCUGUUAACCAGAUUUUACUACCUGCCCUGUCUAUCUUUGUUUCCUGUGCUGUUGUUUAAGGAAGUGGUUUUACUAGUACUCCCCUUACAGGCUGCUCUUGUUUGGUUAGCAUUGGGACUUCAAAGUGCAGAAUUACAUAUGGGGAGGGAGUCUUGGAAAAAAAUGUGGCAGCUAAAGGAAAAGAGAGAUUAAUAGAUCCAUCUUUAUAUGAUGCAUUGGAAAUCUCUUAUUAGUUUUUUUUGUUUUGUUUUUUUUAAAGUUGCACAGUGUUCCAGGCAUUCACUGGUUGGUAUACAGAACUGAAAAAGUAACUGACAGCAGAGCACAUGAUGAAUAAUUAUUUAAAUAUAUACCUUUGGGGAAUACGUUGAUCCCAAUAGCAUUUUAUAACAGUGAUUUAAAACUGAACAUGUUUUGUUUUCAUGGCAGUAAUUUAAAUGUAUAUGAUAGCACAACAACUCUUAAGUGCCAUAUUUUAAGACUCUUGAACAGAAUUCUUUUUUAAAGUUCAGUCAGUACUUAGAUGUUCAAAAGGGUUGGGUUUUUUUGCACAUCCAAGUUCAGGUUACCCAGAGGUCUAAGAAUUAUAUGAAAAGUAGAAGAUGAGAUCAGCCUUUAUUUGUAACUUUUAAACAAUAACAAGUUUUUAAUUGUAUGAAAGAGAAAUAUUUAGGAUUCUGAACACAUUGUAAUAAAAUUUAGAUCCUUGUAUGCCAUGAAGUUUCACUUCUUAAACUGUUAAUUUAUCUAUUCCAUGAAAGCACUCAUCCAUGACUUUUUUUUUUUUUAAGACUGUGAAAGAGUCUAGAAUUUAAGCAUGUUUUUAGUAUCUUUUUGAUUUAUAGCAAUUGAAUAGCAUUUAGAAACCAUGUUUGUCAGUUCAGGUUAAUGCAGAAACUGCAAGUCUGAAUAUGUGCCUUUAACUUUCAAGUAGAGCAUUUUAACUUAUAGGUUGAAAUUGCUGCUUUAUAUAUGCAGAAUAUGGAUCAUACUGCUUGUAUAAACAUGCCUUUGAAACAUUUUAAUCUGAAAAGUGAGAAGUGUAGGGACCAGACUACAGUCCAUCCAUAAAUUAGAUAAGUCCAGGAAAAACUGGAACAGAAGAAUUUGUAAAUUUAUUUUUAAAGGUACAAAUGUUGUAGAAGUCACUGAAUACUUUUUCUUUCAAGUUAAGUUGUUUGUUUCAAAUAGAAUUCCAUUCCCUUGAUAUACAUUUUUAUUAAAUACUAUAAUGUUGUAAGCAAGUGAGAAGGUUGGUCCAACACAUUUAAUUACAUUUUAAAAUGCUGAAUGUUAUGUUAGUCAGAGUAUAAAAAGUUUUGAAAAUUAAAUGCAUAUCAGAUUAACUUUGAAGUGUGAUUACUGGACUAAAAUUUAAGGACAACUAUCUGACAUACUACUUUCUCAUUCCUUUGUCUACUAAAGUUACAGAAAACUUUGGUGUUCUUGACUGAUCUUUCAAAUCCAGCCCAACGGCCACAUUCUAAACUAGCUUCUGCAUAUUGCUGUGUUUGUCAUUGUUCCUUUUAUAUUUCUGAAGGGGAAAGAUGAAAAUUGGUGGUGAGAGAGAGAGAAGGGCUUGCUUGUUUUGAAAAGAGUAAAGCAAUUUGAGGGGAUUCAAGAAUGAACUCCUGAACUGCAACCUAUAAAGUAAAUAUUUUCAGAGAAUACAACUCUAGAAAUUGCUUACCCAAUGGAGGCUUGGCCUCUCAAAUUCAGUAUUCUGUCAGCUUCACUAACCAGAUUUAAUUUCCCAAAGUAGCUUACUCAUGCAAGCAAGAUCUUUUUUCUAAAGACCGGACUACUAAGAUAAGGAGUGGUUGUGCUGACUCAUAACAAGAGCCAACAACCACAUUCCACUUAUUAGCACUAACGAGUGUUGUCAGUUGAAAAGAAGUAUGUUCAAGAGAACUGUUGAAAUUUUUCUUAGAUUGGAAACAAAGAUUUAUGAGGACUGGCAGAGGUAAACUGUUACUUAAUCCCUUGUGUGAAAAUUACUUUAUUAGCCUGGCUGCUUAAACGGGUUCACCCUUGUUUGAAAUCAGUUUUCCAAUUUUUAUGGUUUUAAAUUCCUGAAUUAUACGUGUUAUAAUGUUACUCUAAAAUGCGAUUUUCUUAUAAUGGUUAUAUGAAAAUAAGUUAGGUAAGGUUCCUGCUCUAAAAUUGAGUAGGCAGGCCCUUAAACUUACGUAUAUUUUAACUUUGUCAUAAACUUGUCAUUAAUAAUUUUUCUUGUUUUUGUUUUUCCAAUAAAAGCCUACAAAUAA